AUUCUUGGCCCCUCCUGAGUGAGGCGGGAGAGUUUGGGGGGGAACCAUGGAAACGCAACACAGGGAUCUUGCCCACAGUGUACUCAAGAUCCUGACUAUGGAGCCUCCUUUUGUAACCUGUGUCUGUGAGCUGUGUGACUGUGGACGUCACAAACACCACAAAGACUGCAGAAAGCAGCGACGUGUCCAGGGAAACUAUAUAAAGGGCGAUUGCUACAUCUCCCACUAUAAGUCGACAUUCAACGCUCCACGAAAUGUGCUUCCUCGAAGCAGCAAGAGGCCUCUCAGAACGCCACUUUUUUCCAGUCUUCCACCCAUGAACUUGGCGACUACACAAAGAUCAGAAUUUAUAGCUCGGCCAUUUGGGGACAGAACCAAGCCGGUCAUUCCUUUGGAAAGCUAUCACCAGGGUCCACAAGAGCCCAUGAUGGACCAAACACUCUACAGUCUGCAUUAUCCUCCAAAAGAGGGAGAAAGAGCUGCAAUCAGACGACCAGCAGACACUUUGCGCCCUCCACCACUUUCCAAAUUUCAGCCCAGCACAACAAACAAGGCGGACUACAAAGAGUGGAAGUCAGAACGCCAACCACAAUAUGGAGAGCUACCAGCUGUGGCAGGAUCCAUUCUCUUCUCCGGUGAAAGCCACCAGAUGAAAACCACAACCCAAGAUCACUUUACAGAGAAAAAGAUGACAAGAAUUGCCCCAGUGAAGUCAAUUGAGAGUCAUCUACAUAUGGAAGGCGAACACGACAUGAGAACCACAAAUCAGUCCACAUUUUUCCCUCUGCCUCUGGAAAAGGUGACAAGGAGGAAGGAAAAUGUACCAAAAAUCGACAAAGACCGACCACAAAUGGAGACCACAACCAAGUAUCAGAGAGACUUCCCCAUGCCACAUCAGGCUCCAGAACCAAGCAAAGUCGCCCACCCACCACCAGAUAACCUGACGGUGAAUACCCACUACAGUAACCAGUUUCAGACAGUUCAAAGAGAGGCAUUCCCUGGUUGGGACCCACUGAAAUACCCUCGUCCUGAACUUGCUCACCUAAAUGAGGAGCUAAGCAUUAUGGGUAGAGAGCGUGGUGGACAAGUGGAUGGGAACACUGUGACAAAGCUUGCAUUCCUUCCACCAGAAAUGCAGCCCAAGGAACCUGUUCGACGACCACGUUCAGUCCUCCGGCCUCUGAAUGCAAAGUUUGAUGGUUCCACGCACAGCAAAACAGUGUUCCAGGACUGGGGGGUACAGCCACGUAAACGGCAUGGUGACCCCAAAGAUGGCACCUCAUUGAGACCUUUGAUCAGGCUGGACAGCAAGACUACAACAGGAACCACAUUUGUGCCAAAAAAGGGAGAGAUGGUGAAGAACUGCAAGCCAGAAAAGGACAACUUGGAGCUGAUGGGUGAAAGAGAUUUUACCACAGUGCACAGAGAGGCUUACCGAAUUCCGCAGUUACCGGAGUGCCGAAUGCAGAUCUACCUUCGGCAGAUGAGGGAAGAGAAAGCGCCAGAAGGAAAGGACAUUCAGUGACGGGCUGAAAAAUGGUCAAUAACCAUUCAGUCUGCUAGCUACCAUUCUUAACACUUUAAAAUGUCCUUAUAAAACAUAACAGAGAUGUUAUGGAUGGACGCACGAAACAAAUUAUAACCAACUUAUAUCUUUACUGCAAGAAAAGAUCUGUCUAUGUCUUAACUGUUGCCCUCUACUUUCCUUUUCAAACGCUUCAGUUUUAUCUGGCCAAUACGACUGCUUCAAAGGAGUUUAUUCACUAAAGAUCGAACUGGAAAAACUGCGACCAUAGCAGAGCUGGAAAACUUUAAUAUUUAGAUAUUUUGGGCUAAAUCCUGCAAUGCAAUGUUCACUGUAACCAUGUGUUUCAUGAUUAAACACCAACUUACCCUCCCCUGCACCCAGCGGGCACCGAACGCCAAGUGGUAAAGUCACCAUCCGGGGGCAUUCACAAAAUAUGCAAAGACCCCACAAAGUGACAGAGCUGCUUUAAUAGGAGCACAUACUGAAGUGAGAAGUAUAUGGUGAACCCCAAUGUAUAUUCUGCCA